GAGGCGCUGCAGCUCUUUACUCCGCCGAUAAACCCACUAAAGAAAGAAAGAGCUCACGUGUGAUGUGUUUGUGUAUCAUCAGUGUUUUUCUCUCUUGAGUGUUUUAUUGAGUUUUGUCUCUGUGUAUUUUAGUGUUAAUGACGAGAGAUGAGAUGUGCUGUAAAUCAGUAGGAACUGAUCUGUCCAUGCUGGAUAUUGAUGAUUUCAUCACAGAAAUCUCUCAGCUGAAGAAAGAGGUGGCGUUACUGGAGACAAAGCUGAGGUUAAGAGGAGAUGAAGGACUGAAGAGAGAGGUUUGUACAGCUUGUGGGAGCUCCAGUGAAUGUCUGGAUUCAGUGUUGAUGAUCAGAGAUCAGAGCCGCACAUCACAACCACAGCUGGACUCUGAAGAGAAAUCCAGACACAGACAGGACUCCGAGCUCAGUCUGACUUUACUCUGUUAUACUGAAUCAAAUCCCACAGACACUCAUACAGUGUGUGACAGUAAUCAGGAUGAUGAAUCUACUGAUCAAACCUCCACAGAGUCUCUGGAUUCUGUCUGUAACGCUGGAGAACAGCAGCAGAUCCUGCAGAACAAACUCAACAUGUGUUCAGUCAAACUCAUCGACUGUAGGAACCUCAUGAUGAAGAUGAGAAGAGAAAACACAGCAGAGGAAGAUCACACUGAGGAAGAAGACGAGUAUGAUGAUGAUGACAAUGAUUUUAUACCCACAGAUGUGAUGAGUGAACCAGGUUCGGAUGAAGAAAAAACCUCUUCAACAUCAAACGAGCGUCGGGCAGCACAAACUCUUUCCUGCAUCACCUGUGAAAAGACAUUCAGCUCACAGAGACAUUUAGAGAGACAUGAGAGAAAACACACUGAACAGAAACUCUUCACCUGCAGGAGAUGUAAGAUCAGCUUUACUACCUUACAAGAGAAGAAACUUCAUUCAGAAGAGCACAAAGAGAAGAAGCAGUUUCACUGUCAGCAGUGUGGGAAGAAUUUUGACUUCUUAUCUCAUCUGAACGUUCACAUGAGGAGACACAGUGGUGAAAAACCUUUCCACUGCAGGGAAUGUGACAAAUAUUUCAGCACCAAAGGAAAUUUUGUUCUUCACAUGAGAAUACACACAGGAGAAAAACCGUACGAGUGUCCUCACUGUGAGAAGAGAUUCAGAAUAGAAUCAGGUUGGAAGAAGCACAUGCGUUUACACACCAAUGAGAGACCGUAUCAGUGCAGUGAAUGCGGAAAAACAUUUAAGCAUCCGUGUAGUCUCGUAUCACACCAAAAGACACACACUGAGGAGAAACUUUAUCAAUGUUCACACUGUGAUAAACGUUUUAGUCAUAAAUCACACAUGAAAGUCCACGAGAGAAGUCACACCGGAGAAAAACCUUACGUCUGCUCUCACUGUGGAAAAAGAUUUUCAGAUCCGUCUCAUUUCAGAGUUCAUAAGAGAAUUCACACUGGAGAGAAACCUUAUCACUGUAAUGUCUGUGGGAAGAGUUUUAAUCGACAUCACAUUUUACUGUCACAUCAGAAAACUCAUACAGGUGAAAGACUUUACAAAUGCUCUCAGUGCGAGAAGACGUUCACUCGACCAGAUGUCCUGAGAACCCAUCAGAGAGUUCACACGGGCGAGAAACCUUACGUCUGCUCCAUCUGUGGAGAAAGAUUCACUUAUUUGGGAGGUUUUUAUACUCACAAGAAGAAACAUACUGAAGGACAAAGUACACUUGAAUCAUCAUAGCUUUCUGUUUAUUUAGAAGUUUCAUGCUGAUUGGAAGCCAAAAACAAUGGGUCUCAUUCACUAAGCAAGCAUAUGUACAAAUUUGUGCGUGACGAACAUAUCAUGAUUAAACCAAAACGUUUGUAUCAAAAUGUAUUUUUAAUGCAUGAAAAAAAAAACAUAAGCUAUAAUAAAAAUACAAAGCUAUAAUUAUAUAUUGUUUAUGUAUAAAAUUCACAUUUUUAUAUUUUAUACAACAUUUCUUUCUGGUUCACGAAUCUGAUUCAAAUCUUAUUUGUUUCAAAGGCUUGUUAAAGAGAGCUUGGGACUUAAACGUCCUAAAUUUGACCUCACGAUCAUUUCUCAAAACAAGUGCGUAUGUGUGAUUCAUAAAACGAACGUAUGCACAGAACACCGAUAUGAAAUCUAUUUCGCAAAGUAUCUUAAAAUUGUGCACAGCUAAAUAGCUUCAAAUCUCUGCAUUUAAACCUAAUUAAUGUCAUUAUCAUAUAAAAAUGCUGCAGGUUUUUGGAAAAUAAUGCAAUCGGACAAGCAAAGGUGCGUAAGUCUACUCACACUUACGUGGUGCUAAACACUUUUACACAUCAAAUAAAUACAGAUAAAUAUAAAUAUGGACUUUGCUGUGGAUCUUUGCGUACGCACACUUUACCAUCAAAUCUGUGUGUAUGCACGCUUUAUAAAUGAGGAUAGUGAUAUCUUUGAUAGUCCAGGUGCUGUAUCGUGGGCUUUAUCUUCACCAUAAAAAGGACAUUUAGUAUCAGCUAACCACUCCUUAGCUAUUAGCAAGACAGUUGAAUAAUUGUCUAUAAUUUUGUAGUUUAACAUUUAAUUAUAAAAUAUCAUUUACUGUUGUCGCACCAAAGGACAACAUGUCUAACAUUUUUGUGCUUUCAAAAAGUGAAAUAUUGGAAAAAAUCUGAGAUGAAAAAUGGCAUGUGCACACAGUGUAACAUGGUGACUGAAUAUAAAUGGUUUUCUUUAACUAAUUAAAGUUGUGAAAUUGCCAGAAAUCAGAUAUGGUGUGAAACCGGACAACAUGGAUUUCAGUGAGAAAAUUUAGUUCCUAUGUUUUCAGAAAUAAUAUGGAUGAAAAAUAUACUUUUUUACUAUAAAUCAAAGGUGUAAAGUAAUUUUGCUCACUGCUCAAGUACUCAACUACGACAUCAAAAGUGUUUUUUCUUUGCCAAACUUUUAUUUUACUACAUUUUUAUGCAUAAAAUCAUACUUUUCACCCCA